AGAACUUUCUCGGAUGGAUAUGACUAUAAAUAGAGAAGCGGUGAGAGUAGGAGUCAAGUGAGUAAAUGAUCAAAAUGAAGAUGAGGUUGGGAAUAGCAAUACUGGUGUCGUUUAUACUAGUAGGAUGGUGCAGGGGAGAGCAAUGCGGAAGCCAAGCAGGGGGUGCUGUGUGUCCCGGUGGGAUAUGUUGCAGCAAAUACGGGUGGUGCGGUUCAACUUCUGAGUACUGCGGCGAAGGUUGCCAGAGUCAAUGUGGUGGCAGUACCGGUGGUGGUGACCUUGGGAGCAUCAUCUCAAGGGACACCUUCAACACGAUGCUCAAGCAUCGUGAUGAUGGAGGGUGUCCAGCUAAAGGGUUUUACACCUAUGAUGCUUUUAUUUCAGCUGCCAAGGCUUACCCCAGCUUUGGUACCACCGGCGAUACCUCCACUCGCAAAAGAGAAAUUGCUGCUUUCUUCGGCCAAACUUCUCAUGAAACUACUGGGGGUUGGGCUACUGCACCGGAUGGCCCUUACGCUUGGGGAUAUUGCUUUGUUAGGGAACAAAACCCAAGUGCCUAUUGCUCCCCAAGUUCUCAAUGGCCUUGUGCUUCUGGCAAGCAAUACUAUGGUCGCGGUCCAAUCCAAAUCUCAUGGAACUACAACUAUGGGCAAUGCGGAAGAGCAAUUGGUGCGGACUUGCUGAACAACCCAGAUGCUGUAGCAACUGACGCAGUGAUCUCAUUCAAGACAGCGAUCUGGUUCUGGAUGACGGCACAAUCACCGAAGCCUUCAUGCCACGACGUCAUCACCGGAAGAUGGAGUCCAUCAAGUGCUGAUCAGGCAGCAGGGAGGGUUUCCGGGUACGGCACUGUCACCAACAUCAUCAACGGUGGACUUGAAUGCGGGAAAGGGCAGGAUAGCAGGGUGCAGGAUCGCAUAGGGUUUUAUAAGAGAUACUGUGACUUGCUUGGAGUUGGGUAUGGCAAUAACCUUGACUGUGCUUCUCAGAGACCAUUUGGCUCUAAUUCACAGCUCCUUCUCGACACCAUCUAGUUACUUUUUGUUUUAAUAAAUAAAUAACCUGAACAUCACCAGUGCGGGUUCAUUGGGUUGGGUUGGGUCUGGCCGUGACUUGUUACUGUUUCAUCUCUGAUCAGAUCAUGAUCAUUGAUCACCUCCUAUGUAUGGAAUAAAAUAAUCUGAACAUUUUCUGUC